GAUGGAUUUGUACUUGAUGCAAAAAAUAAUAUCGCAUCCGUACGAAUCAGACUCGGAAGUUCUUGUUCGUCGAGUAGACGAGAAUAACAUCCGACACACUUUACAAGAUAUGGAUAAGAAGGGAAAAAGACAUUUUAUUGCUCAUUUAAGUAAAGAUAUGACUUUCAAAUUAUUACAAGAGGCUUUAAAAGUUGGGAUGAUAGAUCCAGAUCAUCAUUUCGUGUUAGCUAAUUUGGAUCUGUAUACUAUUGAUUUGGAAAACUUCCGAUAUAAUUACGUUAAUUUAACUGGUUUUAGUCUGAUUGAUUAUGAUGCUAGUUAUUUGGAAGAGGUCAGGAGAGAUGUUAAAAAGUAUGAAGAUAAGAAUAAUAUUAACAUAAUGAAAGAAGGAACCAUCGAGACGCAAACUGCUCUCGUUUAUGAUGCUUUUCAAGUGUUGGCCAAAGCCUUAUCGAAUGCGGACAUCGGUACAAUCAUGAAUUUAAGUAGUUUAUCAUGCGACAAAAACGAUGCUUGGGAAUAUGGAGGCAGUCUCUACAACUACUUGAAUUCGGCCAAUGUUCGUGAUCACUACUAG